AUGGUACUAUCCGACCACAACAGCCGCUCCUCUCCUACUCCUAGGUUCUGCAAUUCCUUUGCUAACCGUAUCUUUUCAGAUGUAGCAGGGGAUAUAACUAUCAUCAUUGAUGGCGUUUCUUUUCUACUGCACAAGUUUCCUUUAGUUUCACAGAGUGGAAAAAUAAGGAAAAUGGUGGCAGAAGCCAAGGAUCCGAAUCUUUCAAAGUUGGAGCUCAUCAACUUUCCUGGUGGACAUGAGGCAUUCGAACUUGCUGCAAAGUUCUGUUACGGUAUGAAUUUUGAAAUCAUGGCUGAAAACGUAGCCCAUCUCCAUUGUGCUGCAAAGUACCUGGAAAUGACAGAAGAUUAUCGAGAAGAAAAUCUUAUUACACGUACAGAAGCGUAUCUAAAUGAGGUGGUGACUCAGAGUCUUGAGAAAUCGGUGCAAGUUCUAUGUUCGUGUGAGACAAUACUUCCUCUUGCAGACCACGUGGGGAUCAUAGACAAAUGUGUUGAUGCUAUCGCCAAGAAUGUAUGUAAGGAGCAGUUGGUGGCAGGUUUAUCACGCUUAGAAUGCGACAGUGGGCCCAUAGAUGCAAAGAGUAGGUGCCUAGAGUGGUGGAUUGAAGAUCUCUCUGUUCUAACAAUUGAUCUUUAUCAGAGGAUUAUUUCAGUGAUGGUAAGUAAAGGUAUUCGACAAGAUAGCGUAAUUGCAUCUAUAAUGCAUUAUGCCCAAACAUCUCUAAAGGGUAUUGGAAAAUCUCAAAUCUGGAAUCCAGCAAGAACUACUCCUGUUACAGUGGAAACCGGCCAAAGGGUAAUUGUGGAAACGCUUGUAAAUUUACUGCCAAACGAGAAGAGUUCAUUAAUCCCAAUUGUUUUCCUUUUUGGCAUGCUGAGAAUGGCAAUCAUGGUGGAUUCGAGUCUUGCUUGUAGGCUUGCUCUCGAAAGAAGGAUUGCUGGUAGAUUAGAAAUGGUUUUGCUCGAUGAUCUGCUCAUACCAUCUGUUCAGACAGGUGAUUCUUUGUUUGACGUUGACACCAUCCAUAGAAUCUUGGUGCAUUUCCUGCAAAUAAUUGAGCAGGCAGACGAUGAAGAUUGUGGGUAUGAAUCAGAUGGCGGCAUUGGUUCUCCUAGCCACGGUUCGUUGCUGAAAGUUGGACGGCUUAUUGAUGCAUAUCUAGCCGAAAUUGCUCCUGAUCCUUACUUGAGUUUUCAAAAGUUUAUUGGUAUGAUCGAAGUACUGCCUGAUUAUGCUCGUGUUAUUGAUGAUGGACUUUACAGAGCUGUCGAUAUCUAUCUGAAGGCCCAUCCGAUUCUGACCGAACACGAGCGUAAAAAGAUAUGCAAGUUUAUAGACUGUGAAAAGCUUUCCCAAGAAGCCUGUAACCAUGCCGCACAGAACGAUCGUCUUCCAGCCCACAUGGGUGUUCGGGUGCUUUACUUUGAACAACUCCGUUUGAAGAGUGCCAUCACCGGAACUUCCGCUCUUUCCGGCUACAUGUCGCAAAAGAUGGGCAGCAGCGGUGCACCGAGUGCAGCCAUGUCUCCACGUGACACGUAUGCGGCUCUACGACGAGAGAACCGUGACCUGAAAUUAGAGAUCUCGAGAAUGCGAGUAAGGCUUAGUGAUCUGGAGAAGGAACAAGUUUGCAUGAAGCAAGGGAUGAUGGAUAAGUUGGGGAAUGGGAAGACGUUUUUGACGUCGAUAUCGAGAGGGAUCGGGAAAUUCGGAAUAUUUGGGGGUCCAACGAAUGGGAAACAACAAAAGAACGGGACUGGGAGGAAGUCAAGGUCCUCCACCCGGAGGAGGGGAUACUCUCUUUCUUAAGUUUCAUGUUUUUACUCUCAUUUUAUGUAAUACAAUAACAAUAUAU